AUGAGGGAGCUUGUCUCUUGCCUUAAGGCUUCAGAUAGGGCUGUUUAUCCCACUUUGAUUAGGACUUCUCAUUCUAGAUUAUUUUGGAUAUCUCCUUCCACCCUGAUUAGAGAACUUUAUCCUAAUCCUAUUAAGAAUCCCAACUUGAUUUGGCAGCGCAGAGCCAAGGCGUCCACAAACACGGGCCAAUGUGCCUGGGGCACUAAGACAGACGAGGGCGCCAUGGAGACGGGCGCAGGCAGAGGCACAACAGAUGAGGGCAUUGUGGAGGCAAGCAUAGGCAAGGGCACCAUGGGCACGAUUGCUGUGGAGGCAGGUGCAGGCAAGGGAGCUGUGGGCACGGGUGCGGGCGCGGUUGCUGUUGAGGUAGGUGCAGGCAAGAGCUUUGUGGGCGCGGGAGCAAUGUAG